AUGGCGACACCACGGCUCGGCUCUUUGUCGGGCACAGCAACCUCGUCCCGAUCACCCACGCCGGCGGGACAUCGUCGCUCAGCACACAUCACUGCCUCUCGCAGCACCUCGGUCGAACCAGAGGCGUCCACUCGACAACAUGUGAUUGCUAGCUUGCAAUCGCACAAGCUCCACCUCGUCCUGUCCGAGAUUGCCGCUGUCACAUCCGCAAUGCGAAAAGCCACACGUUGGAACGCUACAAGUUCAGCCGCACUCGCUCGCCUCACUUCGUACAGCUACUCUUCUGCUCCCAUUGUCCAGGCCGCUACGACAGAGCAAAUUCAGCACCCCACUCAAGAUGGUGUCAACUCUACUUCGGCAGCGCACGUCGCUCAAAUUCCCAGUGCGCACAUUGCGCUGAGAGGAAUGCAGAGAGGAUCGACCACCGACAUGGCCUCGAGCUCUACUGCAGCUGCUAGACGACUCGGCUUGUCACUUGGCGUCGACGGCAAGUCGGAUGAUCCCGUCAGCCUGCUCACUGGCUUCGCGACCCUCAAAGCUCAACUGCGCGCUUGCAACACCUUUUCCACCUUUCCGCUCCCCACACUUCUGGCUCCCUUCCUCAGAGUCAUCCUCAGCCCCCGUACCUCGGCUCCCGUCACUUCGGCCGCACUUCAGGCCGUGCACAAGUUCCUCGUCUACAACGUCGUAUCCCUCUCAGCGCCCGGUGCACAGAUCGCAGUUGCAGAGAUUGCCCAUGCCACAAGUCACUGCCGCUUCGAAGCUUCCGAGGCCACGACGGAUGAGCUUGUUUUGGUCCGCAUCCUUGCGGUCAUGCGUGACCUUAUUUGCGAGCCUACGGACUCAGACUCUGACACUCUCAUGCCAACCGGUAUCGAUGCUUCGCAAACUAGACCUCCCCGCACGCUUGCGGAUUGUCUCGGCGACGACAGCAUCUGCGAAAUGAUGGAGACCGGUUUGUCCAUGUGCUGCCAAACACGUCUUUCCGAAGUCCUCCGACGCACAGCCGAGCUCUCUAUGACAGCAAUGGUGCGCACUCUUUUCAGCCGCCUUCCGCUCCUCCCUCCCUCUACCGACGAAUUCUUUGCGUCUGGCCCCGGUGGAACCGAGCCCGAGCCGGAGCACGCCACGCUCGCCGCCGAUCCCGUUGGAGAAGACGCCGAGCUCGAUGAGAAGAAGCGUCGAAGAAUGACCAUGCCCGAUCCUACCAGCAACGCCUUCCCUGCCGCCGCGGCUCAAGUGCUCGACCAGCUGCGUGAGAUAGGCGAAGAAGAAGAAAAGCAGGAGGCCACAACAUCGCAACAAGAGGCGCACGGUACCGCUUCCGAAAACACCACAGAGUCCAAGGAUGACAAUGCAGAUGAGCACGAAUCACAGUCGGCUGCUGACAUUCAGGAGCAAGAGCAAGCCGCCGCUGUAGGCGCGACACAAGUCGAACCUACACCAACGCCAAUCCAGAUCGAGCCUUUCGGUCUACCGGCCAUUCUCGAGGUGUGUCGCGUCAUCGUGUCGCUUCUCGACCCAAACAACCUCCAGCACACCAACACCAUGCGCAGACUUGGCAUGUCGAUGCUCAUAUCUGUUCUCGAGACGUCCGGUCGAUCGAUCGGCGACUUUCCUUCCUUGCGUGCCCUCAUGCAGGAUACCGCCUGCAAGCACCUCUUCACCUUGGCGCGCAGCGACGACACGAUCCCGCUGUCAUUGAGUCUGCGCACCCUCUCCACCUUGUUCGAGACCAUGCGCGAGCAUCUCAAGCUGCAGCACGAGCUUUUCCUCAACUAUCUCAUGGAUCGUCUCGCUCCAACCUUCCCUCUUGCGCUCGAGCCGUGGAACGAACGUACCUUUGACAGCGUUGCCAAGCGCACGAUGUUUGCAGACCCUGUCUCUCGCACAGCCACUUCUGAUGCCAACUCGUCAGCCAUCCAGCUCCAACCGCCGCCCCCUCCAGCACCACCUGCGCCACCACUUCCUAAGGAUUCGGAGCGUGCGCCCGCCACGGGAGAGGCUCGCGAACUCUAUCUCGAGACCUUUGCGCUUCUCUUCCGCAACUUCGACUCGGAACGCUCUGCCGAGUAUCUCGUCGAUCUCUACCUCAACUACGAUUGCUACACGGACUGCGACAACAUGUACGAGCGCGUGCUCCACUUUUUGUGUCGCAGCAUUCAUGCUGCCAACCCGCAGAACCCGUCUCAGCAGGAUCCCAUCCAGCUGUUUGCACUCGAUGCCCUUCUCUCCUUUAUCACCGCCAUUGCGAACCGCGCCGAGGCGACGCAGGGUACAUCCGCCGAUGCAAAUGCCGUUCUUCCAGGCGGUCUCACCACGCAUGCUUUGGCGCUCCAAAAGGCAAAGAAGGCCACCAUUUUGGAUGGUGCCAGUCGCUUCAACGCCAAGCCCAAGGACGGUCUGGCCUUCCUCGAAAAGGAGGGGCUUCUCGACUACGACGAUGCUAGCUUGUCGCGCGAGGAGCGCAUCGCUCGAUUCCUCAAGGAAUGUCCGCGACUCGACAAAAAGCUUGUCGGCGACUACAUCGGACGUCCCGACAACGUCAAAGCGCUCGAGGCCUUCAUUCGUCUCUUCGACUUCAAAGACAAGCCCAUCGCUGAGGCGCUGCGUGAGAUGCUCGAGAGCUUCCGCUUACCCGGUGAGUCACAGCAAAUUGAGCGCAUCACUCAGACUUUCGCCUCGACCUACUUUGCAGCCAAGCCAGAAGGCAUCGCUACAGAAGAUGCGGUCUUCAUUCUUGCCUAUUCGGUCAUCAUGCUCAACACCGAUCAGCACAAUCCGCAGAACAAGCGCCGCAUGACGGUGGACGACUACCGCAAGAAUCUUCGUGGUGUCAACGGCGGCGAGGACUUUGCUCCCGAGCUCACGGGCGCUAUCUACGAGAGCAUCCGCAAGCGUGAGAUUGUCAUGCCCGAAGAGCACGCCGGGCAGCUUGGCUUCGAGUACAUCUGGAAGGAGCUGCUGCGACGCUCGCGGACUGCCGGCACGUUGGUCGCCUGCCACACCACCGCCUUUGAUCGCAGCAUGUUUGAAACCAGCUGGAAGCCCAUCCUCUCGAGCAUCUCUUUUGCCUUUUCCACCUUUGCCGACGAGUACAUGGUGGAGCGCGCCAUUUCUGGUAUCCGCCAGUGCGGCAUUCUCGCAUCCGAGUUUGGCCUGAUCGAGGUCUUUGACUUUAUGGUUCACACCCUCGCUAGCGCUACAGGUCUUUUGGACAGUUCAGUGCCACAGACGCUCACGAGCAACCCGACAGUGGAAGUGGAGAACCAGCAGAUCACUGUCAGCCCGCUCUCGACGCGCUUUGGCGUCAACUUUAAAGGUCAGCUCGCGGCAGUGGUGUUGUUCACCAUCGCCAACGGCAACGUCGACGCCAUUCGCACCGGUUGGUCCGACCUGUUUGAGAUUUUCAAGAACCUGUUCGCACACGGCAUGCUUCCCUCGUCCAUGGUGCAGAUGGAAGACCUUGCCGACGGACUGGUGCCCAUCCCGCUCAAGCCGAAAAAGAUUCCAGGUCCUUCACCUCAAGAUCCUCGUGCUCAGGGAGGCGGACUGUUCAGCACGCUCUCAUCGUAUUUGUUAUCUCCGUACUCGAACAGCAACGAGCCGGCUCCCUACGAGGCUACUCCCGAGGACAUAGAAGCUACGUUGAGUUCGGUCGACUGCAUCGCAUCAUGCCGACUCGAGGACUUGUGGCACCAGGUGCUUCAUCUGGACACCGAGUCGCAUCUAUGUGCCGUGCACUAUUUGCGCUUCUUGAUCGAAGCGCUCACGGUCGAGAAAGUGCUCUUCCGCGAGUCGAGCGGCUGGCACACGGAUGGAACGUCGACCCCCAACAGUGUGCAGCAUGGCGGCAGUAGUGGUACAAAUGGCAAGGACUCGAGCAAGUUGCAAGGGGCAGCUGCUUCUUCGUCUAGCAGUCUCGCCGCCGGUGGAGCUGGUGGGACGCAAGCCUCGUUGGCAGGCGGCUUACCGCUGAGCUACGAUCCGCGUGUGCCAUUCCUUUUGGAGCUCUUGACGCACAUCGUCGCCUCGUCCCCGAGUCAGCUGGUGGCCGAGACGUGGCCCUGGCUGUCGGAGCAUAUUUCGGCCGUGUUGCGCAACGCCAAGUCGUAUCACCCGAUGACGGUCGAGCGCGAAGUGGCUGCGCUGCUGCGCAUCAUUAGGUCCGCCGCUGCUGAAGAGGGAUUGCGUGAUCAAGUCUUUCUGGCACUCGAUCUGUUGCGUGAGCUGCCGGUGGAGAUCCGCAUUUCGGGAUCGAAGCAGCUCCUCGCAGGGCUCACGCGCAUCUUGGCAUCUCAUCCGACGUUCGUUCGUUCGCACACCGAGUGGAGCCUAGUGUUUGCGCUCAUUGCCGACAACUCGAACAUGCGCAAUGCAGACUCGGCGCGUCUAGCCUUUGAGACAACCAAGGCCGUUGUUGCCGGAGCCGGGGUAGAUGGAGCGUCCAAGCUGUCGACGGACAACUUCUUACCUGCUGUGUCGCAGCUGGUCGACUUUGCCAAUGGCGCAGACACGAGCGCGUGGCGCAACAUGAUCCUGCGCGAAUCGCCGCAACGUCGCACGACGCUGACGGAAAAGAAGGAGAUGGCCGAGGCAGAAAAGGUGCAGCAGGAACGCGGGGUCGAGGCGGUCGAGCUGCUCGAGUCGCUCAAGAGCGAGAUCCCGCGUUUGAUCUCGGCGGAGACAAGUGCGGACGAGGCGUGGAGCAAGUACUGGCUGGCGCUGCUGACGGGGAUCGCACGACAGUGGAUCAAUGCGUAUGCGCCGGUACGCUCUGCUGCGGUUACACUGUUGCAGCGGGCGCUAUUUUCGGGCGAACUCAUCUCUGGCGACGAUGCUGUGCCAACGCGGACAUCGAUCAUCCGCGUCGUCUUUUCAGCAACGCUGUUCCCGCUCAUCGAAGAUCUGCUCAAGCCUCAAGUGUAUCAGAUCGACCCGCCUUCGGCGGCCAACAAGAACGGCGGAAUGCUUGAAAUCCGAAUUCGCGCCUCGGCUCUCAUCUGCAAGACGUUCCUGCAUCUCAUGCCGCGCCUUGCGCCCUCGGAGGAUGGGGAUGGGGAGGAGUUUGAAAAGUUGUGGCUGGACGUGUUGGAUUUGAUGGACCGCAUGAUCAACUCGACCGGUGGCAAUGCGGGGCGAAGGAACCCGUUGACCGAGGCGAUGCCGGAGAAUCUGAAGAACGUGUUGCUGGUCAUGUCGACGUCGGGGCUGUUGUCGGCGCCGGAGGCGGGGGCGGGAAGGUUGCAGACGAGGUUGUUCGAGAUGACGCACGACAGGCUGCAGAGGUUCUUGCCUGGAUUGGUGGAGGAGGUGUUCAGGCCGGCCACUGCAAUUGCGCCACAGGCAGUUGCGUCGGCCGAGACGGAAGGGGCGGGAGAAGGGAAGAGAGUAGAAAGUGGGGCGGCGGCGGAGUGA